AUGUCUACCUUUGGCUACAGAAGAGAGCUUAGUAAAUAUGAAUCCAUUGAUGAAGAUGAACUCCUUGCUUCUCUGACUGAUGAGGAGCUAAAGGAGCUGGAGAGGGAGCUAGAAGAUAUUGAGCCCGACCGUAACCUUCCAGUGGGGCAAAGACAAAAGAAUCUAACAGAGAAAACUCCUACAGGAACUUUCAGCAGGGAAGCGUUGAUGGCCUAUUGGGAAAAAGAGACCAGAAAACUUCUAGAAGAAGAAAGGUUGGGGGCAUGCGAAAAGCAAGAAGACGACAAUUCAGAAGACACUGAGGAAGAAUAUUUCACAGGAACUAACAGUGAAAUUUCCGAGGAGGCAUACACUGAAGAGGAGGAGGAAGAAGAAAAAGAGGAAGCAGAAGAAAAAGAAGAAGAAGAAGAAAGUGAUGAAGAUGACUCAGAACAAAAGGAAAAUGCUGCAAUUUGUGAAAGGACUGUGACUUGUGAAAGUGACAGGAGUUCUGACCACUUGAAACGCAAGAAAUGCAACAUCCAGAAGGAAAAUGAAAAUGUCAUCAAUGGUGAUGGUGGCAAAGACACAGAAGACAUGAGCUUUAAAACGGGUGCCAUCCACCCUUGUGGAAACCCAACAGUUAUUGAGGAUGCUUUGGAAAAAGUUAGGAACAAUGACCCUGACACCAGUGAAGUCAACUUAAAUAACAUUGAAAACAUCACCAUACAGAUGCUUACACAUUUUGCUCAAGCCCUCAAGAACAACACCGUGGUUAAGAUGUUCAAUCUAGCCAAUACUCGUGCUGAUGAUAGUGCGGCAAUUGCUAUUGCUGGGAUGUUAAAAGUGAAUCAGUAUAUAACGAGUCUGAACAUUGAUUCAAAUUUUAUCACAGGCAAAGGGAUAUUGGCCAUCAUGAGAGCUUUGCAGAAUAACAAGGUUUUAACAGAACUACGAUUCCACAACCAACGGCAUAUCAUGGGCAGUCAGGUUGAAAUGGACAUAGCUAAACUGUUGAAAGACAAUACCACGCUGGUGAAGCUAGGGUACCACUUUGAGCUUGCUGGACCAAGAAUGAGCAUGACAAGUAUCCUCACAAGAAACAUGGAUAAACAAAGGCAAAAACGUAUGCAGGAGCAAAAACAGCAAGAGUCUGGUUGUGAUGGAGCAAUCAAUCCAAAGACCAAAGCCUUGCAGAAAGGAACUCCUGGGUCCUCACCUUAUGCAUCGCCUAAGAGCUCACCUUGGUCCUCUCCAAAACUCCCUAAGAAAGCUCAGCCUGUCAAAAUCCAGCCUCCAGCUCCACCUUCACCUCCUCCUCCCCCACCACCUCCUCCCCCCAUUGUUCCAGAGAAAAAGGCGCCAACAAGAAAUAUAGCUGAAGUCAUCAAACAACAGGAGAGCUCCAAGAAUGCCUUACAAAAUGGACACAAAAAGAAAAAAGGCAAAAAAAACAAAAAGCAUGAGAAUAGCAUAUUGAAAGAAAUUAAAAAUUCCUUAAGAUCAGUCUCAGACAAGAAAUCAGAAGAAGGAUCGCGACCCUCUACCCGACCCUCCACCCCACAAAUGUCUCUUCAUGAUAGCCUUAUGGAAGCAAUUCGGGGAAGCAGCAUAAAACAGUUAAAGCAGGUGGAAGUUCCAGAAGCUCUUCGAUGA